AUGGAUAAAUGUUUGAUUUACUCUUUAAUUUUUCUCGUUUCAGGACCUCUGGCAUUUCUACGAUUGACCGUCUUAUUACUUUUACUGAUUGUGAUGACAGCAAUACUGCCAGGUCAUUGGCCUAUCUCAAAUGAUGUCACGUGUUGGAUUAUGACGAACAAGAAAGAAGGAGCGCAGGACUAUAAUAAUAACGACUUUAGAAAUAUCAACUUUACAAAUAAUGUUAUUACCACACACAACUUUAAUUCCACCGAUGAACUACCAUCUACCUGUAAGUUACCACAGGUAAACCUGUACGAGCCCAGUGUGUUACAGUUAUCAGGAAUGAACAAAACUACAAUCCGCUGUGAGGGAACUUAUCUGCCCGAAUUUACCUACAUUACAAAAGAUAAUACACUCACAGUAAACAUGAGUAUGGUUAUGAAAUACAUGGAUGUUAGAGAUCUAGAGCACUGCACGUACAAACUAUUCUUUCGCCACGAAAUGGACAACUACAAUGUGAAAUUUAGCCGAUGGUCAAAUCCAUUUAGGGACAAAAUACAACUUCCCGGAAGUGCAGAAUUUGUGGAAGUAGUAUGCUCCAGUAAAACUUUUAAAGUUGUAUCAAGGGCAUUUUAUGGCCUAGUUCCAAAAAAGGAACAGUACAACGAAAUGGAAUUUCUAAAUUUAAAGAAGCGUCAAGUUAUGUCGGCUCCGAAAGAAACACUAAACAUAAUAAUGGUAGGGAUGGAUUCGUUGUUCAGAAAUCAGUUUAUUAGGGGCUGUAACAAAACGUAUUCAUACUUAAUGAAUUCACUGAAUUCCUUUGAUCUAUCUAUGCAUUCACAGGUGGGAGACAACACUUUUCCGAACAUUCUAGCACUCUUUACAGGCUCUUCUUUGCAAGAAAUCAACAGCUGGUGGACACAUGAAUAUCACAUGGAUAAUUUCGAUCUCAUUUGGCGGACCUUUGAAAAUGCUGGGUAUCGUACUCUGUUUACAGAGGACUCGGUCCGCGGAACUUUUUUCUAUCUUAAACGUGGUUUUAUACACCCGUUUGCUAUGUACAAUACUCGUCCUUUAUCUAUAGCUAUGUUUAUUUGUAAAGAUUUAUAUCAGAACGAGAGUCGCUGCGCUGGAAACCAAGUAGAAAUGAACUUCCAUUUAAAUUAUGUGAACCGUUUUCUGGAAACUUUUCCCGACAAGCCAAGUUUUUCUGUUCUCUUGUUUACCAAACCGACACACGACGAUCCGAGCGAUGCUAGAAUGUUUGAUGAACAUCUCUGGAAUUUCUAUCGUUCGUUAAAUCUAAACGGUCACUUGAACGGAUCUUUAUUAGUGUCAUUUUCAGAUCAUGGCGUGAGAUAUGGUACUUUGAGGAAUACUGUGAAUGGACAUGUUGAAAGCAGGACACCGUACACUAUUUUGACUUUUCCAGAUUGGUUUCUGAAGAAAUACCCGGAUGUGGCUAUGAAUUUGAAAAUCAACACCAAACGAUUGACAUCACAUUUUGAUACACACGCCACUCUCUUAGAUCUUCUCUACUUCAAGGGUGACACACCACCUCCACUACCUCCCCUUAGACACGGCAUCAGUCUCUUUAAGACAAUCCCUUUCGACAGAACCUGCAAGGAUGCCUCAAUCCCGGCUGAAUUCUGCUUGUGUGGCUACGAAGAUCUUGGUAAAGCAGACACUUCUUCAGAUUUAUCUAAAAUAUUAACCAGCCUUGUCAUCGAAGCAUUGAAUUCAAAAACGGAUAAAAAUAUUUGCGCUGUUUUCCAGCUUCAUCGAAUUAUUAGCAUCCAUAAAAUAGCAAUGAAUUCGAAUAAUUCAAAAGGAAAACAUGACACAUUUUUAUAUCAAGUACAACUGGUAGUUACUCCCGGAAAUGCACAGUUUGCAGCUAAUGUCUACACGGAAAACAAUACAACAGGCUGGCAAGUCGGAUACAACAUUGAUAGGUUAAACAGUUACCAUGGACAGGCCGACUGUUUGAAGCUACCGUUGAAUAUGAUGUAUUGUUAUUGUAAAAACCUAUUGCCCAAAUAA